AUGUCGGGCCCCAAAUACACCUUUGUGGUUGAGCACCUGGACCCUGAACUUGGCCCAUGGUCCACGUUGGAGUACAAGACAAUCGCAAAAGAAUCUCGUGAAUCGGGCUGUCACUUCAUCCUGUCUUCCGUCCCUGAAUCGCUACUCACGACUCCAGAUCUGGCAGACUUGCAAAGCAUGGGAGCAGAGGCUAGGAAUGACAACGUUGAAGCGUAUUUUUCCGACAGAAAGGAAAAGAUAUGUCUUCUAGAUCCUAGUGCGGCGCAGGAAUUAGAUCCUUCAGAUGGCAGCGUCUUUGAAAUCUUUCUGUUUGGAGGUAUCCUAGGAGACGAUCCUCCGCGAGCAGACCGUACCAAGGAAUUGAGAAAGAAAGGCUUCUCUGGUCGUCGUUUAGGUCCCAAACAAAUGACCACAGAUACAGCUGCACGAGUGACACGAACGGUCGUCCUUGAUCAAGUACCUCUCGAGAAGAUUCCAUACACCGACUUCCCAGAGUUGAAGCUGGAUGAGCACGAAACCACCGAAAUGCCUUUUCGCUAUGUGAUAGACAAAUUUGGAAAUCCAAUAAUGCCGGAGGGUAUGAUCGAAUUGAUUAAAGCAGAUGCUGACAAGGCAUUUGAAAACCUUGAGCUUGCUGACGAAAUUGCUGGUGUCGAGCAAUUAAAUGUUGCUCGACCUUGA